CUUGAGAGUGAAAUAAAAACGUGUAGUUGCUGUCCACUUUAUAUCGCUUUGCUAUUCUAUCUACGUCAGGUCGAUUUCGGAAGAUUUUUGCUGCUCGUUGCUGCAACGUUAUCGCUUCUACAACUCGAAUUCGAAGACUGAUUUCUCACCCUCUGUAAGACGAGUUAUUCUUCUCUAGAUUCCUGCAUCCAAGAACCGCAGCUGGCGUAGUACAACUUCCGACUUUGGUUUCUUGUAGACCGUAAUAUCAAGCACAAGCGCAUUCAAAUUUCAGUUGAUCAUGAUGGAGCAAUGAUUGGCAGCUGCAAAAGUUGUCUCGGGUAUUGCAAAAAUUGCCGCUCGUCUACCUAGCGACCGGACGAGCGACAGUCGAUCGAACGACAGCAAGACCCGCCUCAGCCUAGUGUCCCAGCUGUCGGCGCCGUGGCAACAUCAUCAACCACCAUGACCCUCGACGACCCCUCGACGCACAACCACGGCGGCAGAGUUUUCAGCAACAGCAAGUCCAGCGCAAGUUCGUCCGCGUCGAAUAGUAGCGACAGGGAAGAGCAAAACAGCGACGCCAUGGAGGUCUCCGAAGUAAAAUCAAAUGGCGGCCACUCCAAGUCUUCGAGCCCGAAAACAUCAUCCUCGAACAACCGGGCGCCGAUCCCAAUACAGCCGAACGAUCCGCACGGGUGUAAGUACAUCAAUCUCUACUGCGGGCAGAACCACCGGGGGAGCUUCCUCUGUUCCCAUAAUGAUCAGAAGGGCCGGAUUCUGACGGCCAACCGCGACUAUGAGGAGGGGGACCUGCUCUUUGAGGAACCACCGUUGCACAUUGUCGCCGAGCCGAUACGGUUGGACAAAAACGCGUAUUACAUCCGGAUGAAGGAGCUUUACAAGGAGCAUAAACCCUUGGACUACGAGCCAUUGUGGUACUGGUGCGCGUUGAACUCGUUGACUGCUGAGGACUUGGCGAAUUCUGGGGUUUUUCUCGGCGGCGCAGGACAAGACCCCAUGGAGGACGAGGACAGUGAAGAGCCGCAAUCAAAUCGGAGGCGGCAAAGUGCGGGGAAGAGCUAUCAAAAGGAAAAAUCCUCCCCUCCCCAUAUCCAAAACGAAAUUUGUGAUGCUGGAUUUGAGUACACAUAUCAGAUUUGUCUUCCUGAAGAGGACUGCAGGCCCACAUCAAGCCUGAGUAGAGAGGUUUUGGCCUAGGCGCUUAGCAUGAGAAACGUCUGCGCUGUAGGCCAAACAGCAUCACAAACCGCCUGCAUAAUGCGGCGGAGCCUGUGGAAUUGCCUUCUUGCAAGACAGAGAUCAUUUGUGGUCGCAAAUCAGCAUUGCAAAUUUUCUGCGACGUACCUUUUCGAUAUGGGGAGGGGGGAUUUUUCCUCUUGAUAAGAGCGGCGCUUUUCGAUAUUUGCGCCAAAUCUCCGCCGACCAGCAAUACAAACUGUUGCUGCUGUAUCACGGUAUAGAUGACAGAGAGACGUAUUUUUAGUUUUGAAUAAGUAUGAAGCUUCUACAACAUAGACAUUUUGGAUCAGAAACUGAUCGUGAAGUUAAAGUCAUACCAUGGAACACAAUACAAAUUUUCCCGCCAUCAUCAACCUUUCUAGGUGAGGUGAACCAGGCCUCCUCCGACGUGAUGCUGCUCAUCGACGAGCUCCACUUGGCGGACAAGGCCGAGAGUGAGGAGCAGAAACAAGAGCUCGGUCUCCUGAUCGAGCGGCUGCUCCAGGUGUGGAUCUUGAACUGCUUUGAGCACAGCGAGAACCCGCUGGGGUACAGCACCUACUUCAUGUCCAGCUUCAUGUCCCACUCCUGUCACCCGAACGUGGUCUGGCACUACAAAAACGACGACUUGUUCGUGCUCCGGGCGCGGAGAAAGGUGAAGGCGGGAGACGAAAUUUGCUGCAGCUACUUGGCCGAAGAAGCCCUGAUGGAGUCAGCGCAGGCGAGAAGACACUGCUUGGAAGAGUCGAAACACUUCCUGUGCACGUGCGAGAGGUAUGUGUUGUAACGGGGGAGAUUCUAUUUUGUGCCCGUUUUUCUUGGCACGUAGUGGUAGUUGCAAUGAUGAAGAAGGAUACGCACGACACUCUUGAACAAAUUCUGGUCAGAAGAAUGCAUCAAAUUGUAGAUUUCGUGUUCGACCUCAACCUUCGAGGUGUCUCUCCGGCCAGGAUUUCUCCCGCGGUUUCCUCUGCCCUUGGUGCAAAAUCGGCACGAUUUUUCCGAACGUCGACCAAGACACGAACGCGGACAAGCCGUUCAGCUGCAACAAGUGCAACAUGUUCAAGUACAAGCAGGAGUGGCCGCAGUUCCGGGCGUAUGAGAAGGAAAUGCAGAAGACCUACGACCACUGGACGGCGCUGGUGGAGAAAAACAACAAGACCUACGGGACAAGUCACGGGACGGCAAAGGUAUAGUGCUGGAACUGUAGCAGUAGCACAACGAGCGUGUAGUUCCUCUCUGUGAACUUUCUACAUCAGGUGCGCUUUUAUUUUGGAUGCAGUGAACAAGACUACACUCAACAAACAACAAAUCGAUGAUUUCAGUCCCUGUCCGAGUCCAAGAUCUCCACGGUGCUGGAGCGCGCGAACUCCAUUUUCAGCCAACAUUGGCUCCAGGAGAGGUUUUGGGGCAUCGCCCAGGACUAUUUCGACCAGUCGAAAGACUACGACCGGGCGAUCCACUACGCGCGGCUGCGGAUCAACUUCCACCAGUUCGCGUUCCCCUCGGGGAUCAACGGCGCGCACGCCUGGACUAUGGAGACGCUCGGGGAGCUGUUGUUUCGCUGCACGAAAAACAACCCGGAAAUUCACGGCGAUCCGGAUAUGACCAGGAGAUGGCUGGGGGAGGUAUAGCUACAGGAGCAGUUGUAGAGAGAUGAACUAUGUUUGAAGAUACGUUCUUGUGUUACAUGGGGCUGUGCAUGAUGAAAAACGACUUUUUCCAUGCGUCGGACACAUCUUGAGUAUGAUUACUGUUUUAUGUUAUUUGAAAAACCGCUACCACAGUCUAUCACCGAGUACGACAAGGCACUGAAAAUCUUGGAGACGAUGUUUGGCGAGGGCCACGACUACUGCAAAUCCGUGAUCAACAAGCGCGUGCGAGUUUUGAAACGACUCGAUCAGUUCAACGAGUUUGGCGACCCGCGCGUUCGCCAAUCCGCCGUGAAGAACCCGCCUGUUUUGCAGAAGGAAGGGCAGCACGAACAGGCUCAUCCGGACAGCCCGCCGGGAGAGGAUGAGAUGACGAGAAACAAAUCAGGAAACAAUUACUUGCAGCUUCCCCUUUGCGGCGUGCCCUGGGCGUCGACGAGUAGUACGGUCGGGGUUGCUGGCUCGUCUUCCUCAUCAUCGAGCCUUCGUUUCAACAGCGACCAGCAGCGGUUGGAAGGAGAUGACCGUAGCUUUAAAAAUAGAGGGACAAAAACUGGCGGCCAGUCGUACGCAGCCGGAACAAGCAGUGACGACGAUCUUCCGGAGGACGGGAUUGCCUCCGACGACGAGGAUUUAGACGUUGAUAGCGACGAGCUUUUGGGCGACAACGAGGGACAAAACGCAACGAAUUCAUCUGACGAGGAAGCCGAAGCUGCAACCGAAGAGGAGGAGAGCGAGGAGGGGGAAGACCCGAUAGGGCCGCCGAGAAUACGGUAUAGCAGUAGCAGAACGGGUGGGCCAAGUCCGUCUAGUAGAGAGGGAGUGCUGGAUCAGACGUGACAGCCGUCAGAAAAUUGCGAAUGACGUCGCAGGUGCAGCUCUGCACCUCUUCGUUCUGACGCCCUUCGCUGAGGAGCUUUCAGUUGUUUAAUACGCGCAUGAGAUAAAAAAUCACAGACGACACGACACCUACGCAACGAAUUUACAAUCAUUCACUCUGAUAAAAUUGCAGUGUUUGCAAAGCGAAAUAUCUUC